GUGCCGCGGAGCCGGUUUGAACGGCAGCAACGGCGGGUGCGGGAGAGGGCGGCGGGCGUGCCGAGCCUCCCAAGGACCUGUUUGUGGAAGGUGAUCGGCUCCGGAAACCUUUCAGCCUGAGUGUGCAGCGUGGUGGGUGCAGAUAUGGACUUGUGUAGAGUGGAAGAAUAAGGUCAGGAGAUACUUCAGUUGGUUUCUGGAGUGUUGAAUAAAAGAAGAAAAAUGGAGGCAGAGACCAUUUUAAGUCUUAAACAGCAACUCAAGGAAGCAGAAAACGAGCGAAAAAAGGCAGCACAAUAUGGUUUGCAUUUACUGGAGUCCCAAAGUGAGGUUCAAAAUCAGCUGGAUCAAGCACGCUGUGAAUUGACUGAGAAAACUGAGAAAUUUGAACAAGAGAAAUACACACUUCAGAGAGAAAUUGAACUCAAGAAUCGGAUGUUGGAAAGCUUGAAUUUUGAGUGCGAUUCCCUUAAGCAACAGCAAAAUUUGCAACUGGAUAAACAGAAAGAACAGCUUGACAGAGCCCAUGGACAAGAAAUCAGCGACCUUAAAAACAAGUUGGAGAACCUGAAAGCAGAACUGGAUGAAACCCGACUCUCAGAGAAACAGCUGAGACAAAAAGUGGAGCAUCAGAAGGAAAUAAUUGCUGCCAAAUCAGAAGAGCUGCACAUGAUGUCUGAGCGUGUCCAUGAGACCAUGUCUUCAGAAAUGCUCAGCCUGCAGAUAGAGCUCACUGAGCUCCAGAGCCAGAAGGCCAAUGAUAAAGAGAAGCUGAAUGAGCUGCAGUGCUGUAAGGAACAGUUGGAGCUUGUGACCAGUAACUUACGGAACCAGCUGGAGCGGCUGCAGGGGGAGAAAGAAGAGAGGGAAAAAGAAGUUGUCUUUUACUGCAAUGCAUUAGAGAAAGCUCAUGAGGCUAAUCAGGAGCUUCGGGUUCAGCUGGAUCAUGCAGUGCAACAAUCUUUGGACCCUACAAGUAAAGGCAAUUCUCUCUUUGCUGAGGUGGAGGACCGUAGGGCAGAAAUGGAACGACAGCUGAUCAGUGUGAAAGUAAAAUAUCAGUCCCUACAAAAACAGCAUGCAUUCAGUAGAGAACAAUUGCAAAGAAUGAAGCUGCAAAUGGCUACCCUGCUGCAGCUGAAAGGCUCCCAGGCAGAAUUUGAUCAGCUGGAACGCUUACAGUCCAUGUUAGAGCAAAAGAAUGGUGAAAUAAAAGAUCUUCUUAUGCAAGUGAGGCAGCUAGAAAAAUUUAAGAGUUUAUAUGAGAAUAUGGAGGAGUCCAGACCUGCUAAUGGAGUGAGAGGAAGCGAUUCUGAAAAUGAUUACUAUGCAGAUUUACUGCAAAUUAAACUGGACAAAUCCAACAAGGAAAUGGAAGCACUGAAAAAUGAGCUAUCCCUGCAGAGAAUGAAAGCUCUGCAUGAGAGCCAAAGGGUCCUGGAGUUUGAAAGGAAGCUCUUCUCAAAUGAGAGGCAUUUGCAAGCUUGUCAGAGUGAGAACAUGAACCUGCGGGUUAUGCUGGAUGAGCUGAAAAUGAAAUAUGAACCUGAAGAAUUACUUAAAGAUUCUAAAAUUAAAAAGAAGAGGGAGAGAAUUCCAGUGAAUGCGACUUGUGAAUACUUUGACAGCAAAAAUACUCCAGUGAAAGAAACUGCUCUCACUCAAUUGCCAAGUAAGGAAGGGAAAAAGAUGACUACAAAGAACCUGGAGCAAAGUGAUGCUUCUCCAAAAAAACAGCCUAUCCAAGCAUCCCCACUGCAUACAGCUCUCCAGGCAAUACGGAACAUUGUUGAACCUGAAAGAGAAAGAAAAAGAGUUAAAAUUCAAGAUGAGAAUCACGUCGCCUUUACUUCAAACAGCAGAAGUGGAAACAAUUCCUCAGCUCUAGCAGUCCCCAGGUCAGUGUCAGCUUCUGUCUCUGCUCAAGGCACUCAGCACAGACCUGCAUCUCUUUUCUUUCGCUGCAUGAACUGUGCUCUCCACUGCUUUAUCUAUUUCCUCAGUGUUGCAUGCAGUGUCAUUCCUCAGCUCCGCCUGCCCACGCUCAGCCUCUCACUACCUUUUAGGAGGACUAAAACACUGACUAAUAGAAAAGACUCUUGAAGUAAUCUCUGAAAUAACUUUCCCAUUGCUUGAAGACAUUUAGGUGUGCAGGUAGCAUGACAGCUCACUUGGUUUGCUCCAGCAUCAGCAACUUUGUGUUCUUGGUGCCCUCAAAACUGCCACACAGCUGUGUUACAGCUCCAGGUAAUAAAGGCAGCUGGAGUCAUGCUCCAGUUUCAUACCUGUUUUCAGCCCCCAGCAACUUCCAGAUUUAGCUGAAGCCCUAAAAAUUAUUUAAUUCUUCACCUGAAUUGUGUUAACUUUCAUUGUACAUGAUAAUAGAGAAUUAAUUAGCUGUCUGUGUUGUCAGACAAGUGAAAUGCAUGGUCUGGGUGUGUGAUAGCUGGAAACACAACUGCCAAAUUAAGAUGAAAUUUUUGCCCUGAACUGAGAAUUGAAGUUACUUUUUUUCUAGGUGGUAAAGUACCUGGGAACAGUCAUUAUCUCCAGCUUUUUUAUCCUGGUGAAAACAAUGCUGACUUUGAUUUUCUACUUUUUCAACUAAUGCUCUUUGUGUUCUCUUCAUACUUCAUACUCUUUGUAAACACAUAUUUGAGUGUUUGGGGGUAGAGAAGAAAAGUCUGGGCUAGUCCAGAGGUUUGGGCUUGCGACUUGCUGAUAUCUGCUAAGAAGAAAUAGCCAAAGUUAAUGGCAUUCAGGGUAAUGGGAUUGAUGCUUUGGCUCUUGGAUCAAUUACUCAAGGUUGCAUGGAUGUAAUUAACAGAUUUAAAGUAGCCAAACACUGCAGUCUUAAACUUUGUAGAGAAUAUGGCAGAAACAGCAGUUCUAACAGCUGUGUUAAAAUGUGGGAUUGUUAGUGAGGAGGGAAGACCAGGAAGGUCAGAUGUGGAUGAAAGUGGGGAGGAAAGAUUGGGAUAAUUUAGUGAUGGUGUUGGGUUUUGACAAUGUCCUCCACACAUAAAGGAACAGGCAGAAUGUGACCUAAUAUGAAAAGUUUAACUUGUUCAUAUUGCUUUGGGAGAAGAGGCUAUAAUAUCUGCUUACAGGAAACUGUUGGAAAUAGUUUAUGGGAACUGAAGGGGGAAACCUACUGGAGAGGGGGUGAGGAGUGGAAAUUUAUGGAGUUGAUGCUGGAAAGCAGAGAGAGUAGAAAAAGUGGAAGAGGAAGGUGAAACCAUAGCUCAGAGGGAGGUUUCUAGUAUUGUACCCAUUGCUGUUGGUUCAAAUAGGGAACAAAAGAUGGAAAAUAUUAGAAAAAUGAAAACCACAAACACAAUUAAGCUGCCAGAAAACGCCAUAUAAGCUGUUAAGCUUUUUUUUUUGGUGAUAGUAUGAGUCUGUAAAAGGCAAAUCCAGGCAGAAAGUUCUGUUUGUUUCUGAUUGUGUUCAUGAACUACUAAAACUCCAGGUCAUGAUACUAAGCUAACAUUAAGGAUUUACUUAUCCCUGAUCUGCUAUGAUGUGCUAUAAAAUAGGAGGUCAUGUUGAAGUCUGAGUAUUUGAGAAGCUGGAUUUCUAAACACUGAAAUAAUCUCUGGACUGUUCUGUGAUGGAUGUGGCUGAACCUUGGGCACAGAAAAUAUUCACAAAUUGAUCAGGAUUGGGAACUGAAAAGGGAGAGUUUUGGGGAGGAAAAAAUAAGGGUGGAUAAUUGUCAGUGUUUUACCUUAUUGUUAACUAAAAUGUGAUGCUGCAGCUGAAAAGGCUGUUGUGGUCUCUGGGGAGUGGUAUUGUGCCUGGAAUAGUUUUUGUGCAGUAAUUAGUGGAGCUCUGACAUUAGCCCAGGAAUUGUGGGAGAACAGAGCCACUUUAGCUGUGAAAGUCUGCAAACUUAAUUUCUAGAAAGUGGGGUUUGAAUUUGUCAUCUCAGCCAAGGAGGCAGUGAGGAAGUGGUCUGAGUGAUCUGGGUGUGCUUGUGGAGGUGACAAACUCCCUUGUGUGAAGAGACUUCCUUGCUGAGGAGAUUCAAGCAAGUACAGCUGGAUAUUCUCAACCAGUGCCUGUGUGUGCAGGGCACCUCUGUCCUUCCAGGGGGCUGCAGCCAGCACUGGAGCAGCUCAUUAGGUGGUGGCACUGAUCAGGUUAUGGUAGAAGUGUUGAGACUACAGAUUUAAAUAGUCAGGUGGUGAUUAUAACUUCUCAAUGCAUACUGAAAUUCUGGCAAUGCAAAGGUUAUGUGCAGUGAUAGCUUUUGUCUGGCCAAUUAACUGGUCAAUAGAAACAUUUCUCUAUUGAAGUGCUUUUCUUCCCUUCUUAAACUGAAAUAGCAGACUCCAGCCCUUGCUGCAGUUUAUAUUGCAUUGAGAUUUGAGGUUGUUUGCCUGAGUUUGAUCUAAAGAAGAGCUUGGAUGUCUAAGAGCUUAUUUGCUGCCUUAAAUUAUUUAGUUGGGCAGCAUACACCAAAUCUACUUCUCUUGGGGUUUGUCCAAUUGCCUGUGGCCAUUUGGCUCAGCAGAUCUGCAUAAACUAAUAAUAGUCUUUGGGGUUUUUGGCACAGCCCUCAGCCUUGGGAAGUAAAGCUCCACCUGAUGAAACAAGUUUAUCCUCCUUAAACAGGUGCAGAAGGAGCCCCAGUUAUAUCUCAGUUUUGGAGUCUGUAGAGUCAAAGCUUGAAUCAUGUCAUAAUUUCACCAGCAUUUGCAUGAAG